GGCGAUGCUCCCACGGCUCCGGCCCGCCGCCGCACCGGGGGGGGCUGCGGCCCUGCGGUUCCCCUUCCCGCCGGGCCCUGCCCGCCCGCCCGCCGCGCUGCGGGAGCGCCGCCCGCCACCGCCGCCCGCACCCCCCUCGGCGCCGCCGCUUCGCCUGCAGGCGCGCCCCGGCCUGAGCCGGCCCCCGGCGGGGGGAGGCCCCGGCUCACCUGGAGAGGCGGCGACGCGGGGGGGAGUCCCGGCGAGGGGACGGUGCCCGCCAGCCCCCACCGGAGCGCCCUUUCCGCGGCCUUUGUCUGCGCUGUCACAUGGGCCGCGGUGCGGGAUUUAAGCGGGUCUCCGCAGGACAUGCCGUGAGCGGCGCGCCGCAGCCCUGCCCGCAGCGGCAGCGCUCCGCCCGGCCGGGGAUGCGGCUCUAGCGGCCCCGCGAUGAGCGGCUCCUCCAUGGCGAAGAGCGAGUCCCGCACUUCGCUGCUGAAGGCGGCGGGGAGCCGGAGGGCGGCGGGCGCCCAGCCCCAGCCCCGCGGCAGCCGCACCCGGGACGGCAGAGGACAAGGCGGGCAGGCGGGGAGGGAGCAGAGCGAGGAGCCGCUCCCCGGGGAGCCCAGUGCCCGCAGGCCGCUCUGUCACCCGGGCGCCCGGGAGGACGGAGCGAGGGGCGCAGGGAAGCUGUCACAUGGACGGGGGGAGAGCCAGCUGGAGCCGGCGGAAGGAGGUCCAAGGAGAGGCAGCGGCAAGGAACCGGUGCGGACAUCCAGGCAUCACCACCACCUCCCGCCGCACGGCAGUCACGGUCACCCCCAGGACCAGCAUCAGCUCUCAGACAGGGAUGGGGAGGAGGCAGAGGAGGACUUUUUCUUCAGUCACAGGCAGAGGUCCAGCAGAGAGUCCCUAAAGCUCUCGGAAGGCGCUUCACCUCUGUCCAAAUCCAGCAGCAAGUACUCCACCAAGUCCAGCGGCAGCGAUCGGUCGGUGGAAGCGGACCCCCUUUUCCACCAGCUGCACCCCAUGCUCAGCUCGGUCUUUGGCCAGAUCCGCCAUGAGGAGAAGACGUGCUAUAAGGCUGUCCAGACGAGCGAAGAGGGGCCGUCGGCUUGCGAGUACCAGGGUCCACUCAUGGUGCUGGCCCAGAACUGCGCCGUCAUGCACAACCUGCUGGGGCCAGCAUGCAUCUUCCUGAGGAAGGGCUUCGCAGAAAACAGGCAGCCUGAUAGAGAACUGCGUCCAGAAGAAAUUGAAGAAUUAAGAGAAGCCUUUAAGGAGUUUGAUAAAGACAAGGAUGGGUUUAUUAACUGCAGGGACCUGGGGAACUGCAUGCGAACCAUGGGCUACAUGCCUACUGAGAUGGAGCUAAUAGAGCUCUCCCAGCAGAUCAACAUGAACCUGGGUGGCCAUGUGGAUUUUGAAGAUUUUGUUGAGCUGAUGGGACCAAAGCUGCUAGCAGAAACUGCAGACAUGAUUGGUGUAAAAGAGCUCCGUGAUGCCUUCAGAGAGUUUGACACCAAUGGUGAUGGGGAGAUCAGCACCAGUGAGCUGCGAGAAGCCAUGAAGAAGCUUCUAGGGCAGCAGGUGGGACAUCGGGAUAUUGAAGAGAUCAUCCGGGACGUGGAUCUGAAUGGAGAUGGGCGUGUUGAUUUUGAAGAGUUUGUUCGCAUGAUGUCCCGUUGAAGAUAAUUCUCAGCUAAAGAAGAAUCAGCACCUUAGAGAGGGCAGAAGAGGACCUAGAUGGAGCAUCUAGCCCCGAUGUUCCCACAUGAAGGUUUAUCGGCUGGCUGCAAUUGGGACAUUGCAAGAUGACCUGCUGCUCCUCCCUCAUGGUGGUCCCCAUGCCCCUCCACCCUUUCACACUGUGAAAGACUUGCAACUUCCUACAACUGGAACCAUUCCUUGGAGAUGAUUGCAGGAUAACUGCAGAGCCAGGACUUGCCAUGAUGCUUUCAUGGGAUAUUUGCAACUUUAAACUCCUCCUCCCCAGCUUUAUUCUCCCACCAGCUGCUGCAAAGCAAGAGCAGGAGAAAUCCUCUUGGCUUGGUGGAUGAGAGCAAAGCCAUUGGGACUGGUGGCAGCCUCAGGGCGUGCUCUGCACUUCUUGAUUUCCCUUGGUGAACUGUGUCUGUGUUUGCUGUCUGUGUUUGCGUCUAUCUGUGUGGAGUUAUUUAUGCUUCCCCGGCACAUAUUCACAUCUCCUGUGGUUAUGUUUACCAAGAGUAAAUUCAAAUACAUGUCUUGCGGGGGGAAAACGAUAAAUAUGCACGCUG